AUGGAUAUUCGGGUGAAACAGGAGAAUCUCAGUCAACCAACAUCGACUCUUCCGGCGUGGAAACCCGCCGGUAACAGAAUCACUCCGCCUGGAGAAUACCAAGACGUUAUAAAUCUCAGCAGUAGCGACGAAGACGAAGCAUCCGAGUUUUGCGUAAACCCUGACGAAAUCGCGGAAGUAGAAAGCGCCGACCGAAGCGGUGGUUUCCCUCAAACCUUUUCCUCCGGUGAGAAGAGAGCGCGAAGUGAUUUCAACGCUUCUCCGGCGAAGAGGCUAGCGGUCGUGGUUCCGGAGGAGGAGGAAGACCAAGGGUUUUGCCGUUCGGUUCCACCACCGGGAACAGCGAUUGUGGCUCUUCCGGCGAUGAAGCCUAUUUCUUCUCUGGUAAAUUGCAAACAGUUCUGGAAAGCUGGAGAUUACGAUGAACCAUCAUGUGGUGCUUGGGAAGUUUCUGCAGGUGGAUUUGAUCAUGUAAGAGUCCAUCCCAAGUUCUUGCAUUCUAAUGCAACAAGUCACAAAUGGGCUCUUGGAGCUUUUGCUGAGCUAUUGGACAAUGCUUUGGAUGAGGUUCAUAGUGGAGCUACAUAUGUUAAUAUUGACACGCUCAACAAUAAGAAAGAUGAAAACAGGAUGGUCUUGAUUGAAGAUAAUGGGGGUGGAAUGAGUCCUGAAAAGAUGAGACAUUGUAUGUCUCUGGGAUACUCUGCAAAGAGCAAACUUGCAAACACCAUUGGACAGUAUGGCAAUGGAUUCAAGACUAGUACAAUGAGACUCGGAGCUGAUGUCAUUGUAUUCUCACGUUGCCGAGGAAAAGAUGGAAUGAGCUCUACGCAGAGUAUUGGGCUGCUGUCAUAUACAUUUCUGACGAGUACCGGGAAAGAGGACAUUGUUGUACCCAUGCUUGACUACGAAAGAAUAGGGUCUGAAUGGAGUCCAAUGCUACGGUCGUCGGUUGCUGAUUGGGAUAAGAACGUGGAAACAGUAGUUCAGUGGUCGCCAUUUUCUACUGAAGAAGAUCUUCUUAGCCAGUUUAAUCUGAUGAAGAAUCAUGGGACAAGGAUAAUCAUAUAUAACCUCUGGGAAGAUGACGAAGGAAUGCUAGAACUUGAUUUUGAUACUGAUCCACAUGAUAUUCAACUUAGAGGGGUCAAUCGAGACGAGAAAAACAUCAAAAUGGCUUCUCAAUUCCCCAACUCUAGACACUUCUUGACAUACAGGCACUCACUCAGGAGUUAUGUAUCGAUUCUGUACCUAAGAGUGCCACCUGAAUUCCGUAUCAUUCUCCGAGGAAGAGACGUUGAGCAUCACAACCUUGUGAAUGACAUGAUGCAGGCAGAUAAAAUUACUUAUCGGCCAAAAGAAGCUGCUGAUGGAUCCGCUAACCCCUCAAAUAUGAGUGCUGUCGUGACCAUUGGAUUUGUCAAGGAUGCAAAACAUCAUGUUGAUGUUCAAGGCUUCAAUGUUUACCACAAAAAUCGCCUUAUCAAGCCAUUUUGGAGGAUAUGGAAUGCAGCAGGAAGUGGUGGUCGUGGCGUCAUAGGUGUCUUGGAAGCUAAUUUCGUUGAGCCUGCUCAUGAUAAGCAAGGUUUUGAGCGUACAACAGUCUUGUCUAGACUGGAGGCACGGCUAGUUCAAAUGCAGAAGAAUUAUUGGAGAACUAACAGUCACAAGAUUGGAUAUGCGUCGCCCCAAGUUAAAAAGUCCGUAAAGGAUUCUCAAGACGGAGAAUCAUCACCAGAAGAAUAUGAUCCUAAAAGAUGGUCCUCGACUAGGAAAAGAAGUCCAGCUGCAGCUUCAGAAAAGUUCGACACAAUAUCAAAUGAGAGUCUUGGAGGAAAGGGAUCUGCUAAAGACACUAAAAGGACCGUUUCCAAAUCUAACAAACGAGCAAAGCCUCAAGGACCUCGUGCUGUAGAUGUUAUCAACAGUGAUGAUGACUCUGAUUAUGAUCCUUGUCUUGAAAGAAACGUCACUGAACUUCCUGAGAAGGUUCGUUCACAGAGCCCCAAGACGCAGUCUGGUACACGUACCGUGAGUCAAUUGGAACAAGAGAACGAAGAGUUGAGAGACAGACUAAGUAAAAAGGAAGAGGUUUUCAUGUUAUUGAAAGACGAGCUGCGACGUGAGAAAGAGCUACGCAAGAAACUUGAAGCUGAGAUUCAAACAACGAAAGAUGAGUUAGAAGAAAUGAAGAAAGAGCAAGAUAGUUUAAUCGCCAUAUUCUCAGAGGAUAGAGACAGACGUGACAAGGAAGAAGAAGAUCUCAGUAAAAAGCUAGAGGAGGCGUCGAGAACGAUCGAAGCGUUGUCAGAUGGAAAAGCUCGAGGUAGAUAA